GCGGCGGCGGAGCAGCAGAGCGCGCGGGCCCGCGCCUCAGCCCCGGUCGCCCUCUGCGCGACCCCCGUCCGCGGCGCCCCCUGACGCGCUCCCGCGGGGCCCCGUGGGGCCGGCCGCCCCCGAGCGCCCUCGGCCGCGCGACCCGACCCGCGCGGCCCCCCGGAGCCUCCCGGCGCACGCGGAAGUGGUGAGUUUCUGAACGGGCUUUGCAAAGUGGAAAAGAAAAUUCAGUCUGCUUUUGGAGGGACAUUGGACAGCCGAAUAAAUGCAGUAUCUAAAUAUAAAAGAGGAUUGCAAUGCCAUGGCGUUCUGUGCGAAAAUGAGGAGCUCCAAGAAGACGGAGGUGAGCCUGGAGGCCCCCGAGCCCGGGGUGGAGGUGUUCUUCUACCUGCCCGACCGGGAGCCCCUCCGACUGCGCAGCGGCGAGUACACAGCCGAGGAACUGUGCAUCAAGGCGGCGCAGACGUGCAGUAUUUCUCCUCUGUGUCACAACCUCUUCGCUUUGUACGAUGACAACACGAAGCUCUGGUAUGCCCCAAAUCACACCAUCACUGUCGACGACAAAACAUGGCUUCCGCUGCACUACCGGAUGAGGUUUUAUUUCACCAACUGGCACGGCACCAACGACAACGAGCAGUCAGUCUGGCGACAUUCUCCAAAGAAGCAGAAGAACGGCUAUGAGAAGAAAAAGGUCCCCGAGGCCACCCCUCUGCUGGACGCCAGCUCCCUGGAGUACCUGUUUGCCCAGGGACAGUACGAUCUGGUCAAGUGCCUGGCUCCCAUCCGAGACCCUAAGACUGAGCAGGAUGGACAUGACAUCGAGAACGAGUGCCUGGGAAUGGCUGUCCUGGCCAUCUCCCACUACGCGAUGAUGAAGAAGAUGCAGCUGCCAGAGCUGCCCAAGGACAUCAGCUACAAGAGGUAUAUUCCGGAAACAUUGAACAAGUCCAUCAGACAGAGGAACCUGCUCACCAGGAUGAGGAUAAAUAAUGUCUUCAAGGAUUUCCUAAAGGAAUUUAACAACAAGACCAUCUGCGAUAGCAGUGUGUCCACACAUGACCUGAAGGUGAAGUACCUGGCCACCUUGGAGACGCUGACAAAGCAUUAUGGAGCGGAAAUAUUUGAGACUUCCAUGUUACUGAUCUCAGCUGAAAAUGAGAUGAAUCGAUUUCAUCCAAAUGAUGGUGGGAAUGUUCUCUGCUAUGAAGUGAUGGUGACGGGUAAUCUUGGCAUCCAGUGGAGGCAGAAACAAAAUGUGGUUCCUGUCGAAAAGGAAAAAAAUAAACUGAAACGGAAAAAACUGGACAGUAAACACAAGAAGGAUGAGGAGAAAAGCAAGAUCCGGGAAGAGUGGAACAACUUCUGUUACUUCCCUGAAAUCACUCACGUUGUCAUCAAGGAGUCCGUGGUCAGCAUCAACAAGCAGGACAACAAAAAAAUGGAGCUGAAGCUCUCUUCCCAUGAGGAGGCCUUGUCCUUCGUGUCCCUGGUGGAUGGUUACUUCCGGCUCACAGCAGAUGCCCAUCAUUACCUGUGUACCGAUGUGGCACCCCCGCUGAUCGUGCACAACAUUCAGAAUGGCUGCCACGGCCCCAUCUGCACGGAGUAUGCCAUCAACAAGCUGCGCCAGGAGGGGAGCGAGGAGGGCAUGUACGUGCUGCGCUGGAGCUGCACAGACUUCGACAACAUCCUCAUGACCGUCACGUGCUUCGAGAAGUCCGAGGUGCUGGGUGGCCAGAAGCAGUUCAAGAACUUUCAGAUUGAGGUGAAGAAGGGCUGCUACAGCCUGCAUGGCUCAGAGAGCAGUUUCCCCAGCCUGGGGGAGCUCAUGGCCCACCUCAAGAAGCAGAUCCUGCGGACGGACAACAUCAGCUUUGUGCUGAAGCGCUGCUGCCAGCCCAAGCCACGAGAAAUCUCCAACCUGCUGGUGGCCACCAAGAAAGCUCAGGAGUGGCAGUGGCAGCCAGUGUGCCCCAUGAGCCAGCUGAGCUUCGACCGGAUCCUCAAGAAGGACAUUGUGCAGGGCGAGCACCUGGGCCGAGGCACGCGCACGCACAUCUACUCGGGGACGCUGGUGGAUUACCGGGACGACGAGGGCACGGCCGAGGAGAAGCGGGUCAAAGUGAUCCUCAAAGUCCUGGACCCCAGCCACAGGGACAUCUCUCUGGCCUUCUUCGAGGCGGCCAGCAUGAUGCGCCAGGUCUCCCACAAGCACAUCGUGUACCUCUAUGGCGUCUGCGUCCGGGACUUGGAGAACAUCAUGGUGGAGGAGUUCGUGGAGGGGGGCCCUCUGGACCUCUUCAUGCACCGGAAGAGUGAUGUCCUUACCACACCGUGGAAGUUUAAAGUGGCCAAGCAGCUGGCCAGUGCCCUGAGUUACUUGGAGGACAAGGACCUCGUCCACGGAAACGUGUGCACCAAGAACCUCCUCCUGGCCCGGGAGGGCAUCGACAGCGAAUGCGGCCCCUUCAUCAAGCUCAGCGACCCUGGCAUCCCCAUCACGGUGCUGUCCAGGCAAGAGUGCAUAGAGCGAAUCCCGUGGAUUGCUCCUGAGUGCGUGGAAGACUCCAAGAACUUGAGCGUGGCUGCCGAUAAGUGGAGCUUUGGCACCACCCUCUGGGAAAUCUGCUACAACGGCGAGAUCCCCCUGAAGGACAAGACCCUGAUUGAGAAAGAAAGAUUCUACGAGAGCCGGUGCAGGCCCGUGACCCCGUCUUGUAAGGAGCUGGCUGACCUCAUGACCCGCUGCAUGAACUACGAUCCCAACCAGAGACCCUUCUUCAGGGCCAUCAUGCGAGACAUCAAUAAGCUGGAGGAGCAGAACCCCGACAUUGUUUCCGAGAAAAAGCCAGCCACCGAAGUGGAUCCCACACAUUUUGAAAAGCGGUUCUUAAAGCGGAUUCGGGACUUGGGAGAGGGCCACUUUGGGAAGGUGGAGCUCUGCAGGUACGACCCGGAGGGCGACAACACCGGGGAGCAGGUGGCUGUGAAGUCCCUGAAGCCCGAGAGCGGGGGCAACCACAUUGCCGACCUCAAGAAGGAGAUUGAGAUCCUCCGGAACCUCUACCACGAGAACAUCGUCAAGUACAAGGGCAUCUGCACAGAGGACGGGGGCAAUGGAAUCAAGCUCAUCAUGGAAUUUCUGCCUUCUGGAAGCCUUAAGGAGUAUCUUCCAAAGAACAAGAACAAAAUCAACCUCAAGCAACAGUUAAAAUAUGCCGUGCAGAUCUGUAAGGGCAUGGACUACCUGGGUUCCCGGCAGUACGUGCACCGGGACUUAGCGGCGAGGAACGUCCUGGUGGAGAGUGAACACCAGGUGAAAAUCGGAGAUUUUGGGCUAACGAAAGCCAUCGAGACCGAUAAGGAGUAUUACACUGUCAAGGAUGACCGUGACAGCCCUGUGUUUUGGUAUGCCCCGGAGUGUCUGAUCCAGUGUAAGUUCUACAUCGCCUCUGACGUGUGGUCCUUUGGAGUGACGCUGCACGAGCUGCUCACCUACUGUGACUCAGACUCCAGCCCCAUGGCGUUGUUCCUGAAAAUGAUCGGCCCAACUCAUGGCCAGAUGACAGUAACGAGACUUGUGAAUACACUGAAAGAAGGAAAGCGUUUGCCUUGUCCACGGAACUGCCCUGAUGAGGUAUAUCAACUCAUGAGAAAAUGCUGGGAAUUCCGGCCAGCCAGUCGGACAACCUUUCAGAGCCUCAUUGAAGGAUUUGAAGCACUUUUAAAAUAAGCAUGAAUGACAUUUAAAUUCCUCCUGUAUCAAGUCCCACUGUCCCCAACAAAUACCCAUGUCAUUUAAAGAAAUUUUUUUUAAUGAAAGUUUGUAGUCCGUGUGAAAAAGAUCUUAGGUAUAUGUAUCUAUGUACGAGGCACACGUGGUGCUUGUUAAGUGUAUUUCCUUCCUAUUUAAAUUCGGCGCCAACCAUCUUAGGGACAGCCCAAAUAUUAUGACGUGCUUAGCCUAAGCACCCUCCUUCCACAGGAAGAGCAGAAAGAGAUCGUUUUUUGUCCGACUAGUCGGUCAUCACAGUUGGUUAUGAAAAUGGGAUUUUUCAAAACAAGAGGAAUUGACCAAAGUCUCAAGUUGACGGAUUUAUAUGCCAGGAACACAUCCCCCCUCUCCAGGCCGCUGGGGAAAGGUGAGAGGCAGGUGUGGCCACCGUGCUCGCUCCCCUGCCCACGCGCUGCUGGCCACAGGCCGCCUUGCUUGAGAGACCAGGUAGUGUGGCGUCAUUUCUCUCCAAGAUGUGUGUACUCCUGUCACCGUGAGGACUUAGCAUUUCCUUCAGUGGCUUAGCUCCUGUCCCCUUAGGUGACCUGUGGUACCUAUUUUUUUGAGCUGUCCCAGAGCAGUCAACUGUGGAAGACUUUGCUGCAUGAUAUUAAUUCAUGAGAACUAAGCCUGUGCUUUCCUAAAUGGUCACUGACUGAGGGCCAGGACGCUCAGCUCCUGCUGUUUAACUGCAGGAGCUCGGCCACCCUGGGGCACACCCAGGAGCAUGGUUACGAAUGCUGGCUGCAGCCACUCGGAAUGCACUGUGCGCCCGAGACUUUCGGGACUUCCCUUGCCCUGCAAGAGUCGGCCAGUAUUCUGGCCAUCAUCCUCUAGCAUAAAACCUGACGGAAGAGGCACCACGGAGACCCGGCUCCCUGGACGGGUCGGAGGGAGCCGGGCGAGCGGCGGUCUCUAAGCUCGAGGCUGAGAGGCUUCCUUGCAUUUGACUGAUGUUGCAGAAGAGUUGUGGAUGGAUCCGUGGCAAUGGUCAACUUGCCAUAGCAUUCGCUCAGUCGCCCUCUGUCGCCGAGGUCUCCGUCAUACCUGUGGCCACUCUCUAUGCACUUUGUUUACUCUUUAUACAAAUAAAC